GUUGCAGCGAAAAGGAAAUGUGUCAUCUGUGGUUUGGUUUUGAAAGUGGAAAGCUUGCUGUACAAAAUUGUUUUAACUGCAGACUUACUGUAAGUUUCAAGGUCUCAAAACAUAGUCUACUUUAAAUAAGAAGACAAGAAAAGAAGUGGUUUAUUAAAAUUACAUUAUAAUCAGAAUUGACCAAGCAUUUUGUAAGAUUACCAGAAUAUUCAUGGAUAUGGAACACAUAGGACAGUACCUACAUCUUGCUUUUCUGAUCACAAUCACUUUUCCCUUGUCAACUGGAACUAAAGCCAACCAUACACAGCUGUGGGCUAGUAAGCCUACUGCCUGGGAUUCAGCUAUUCAAAGCAGCCCAGACACACACCAAAAUGGAAACAUUAACUCAAACCCUGACUUUCCUCAAGUGGAUUACAAAAAUAAUUCUACAAACAUGCCAGAAAUAGCAACCUCUUCUCACAUGGCAUCUUUACCUUCUAAAUCUCAACAGGAGCUCUAUACAUCUUCUGUUGUCAACAACAGUUUUCUAAUAACAGAAAGCUCUGAAAACACAAGCAAAAGUCAUGAUGAAGUUUUUAAAGAAAAUGUCUGUGCGGAAAACAACAUGGCUAUGCUCAUUUGCUUAAUUAUAAUUGCAGUGCUUUUUCUUAUCUGCACCUUUCUAUUUCUAUCAACUGUGGUUCUGGCAAACAAAGUCUCAUCUCUCAGACGAUCAAAACAAGUAGGCAAGCGCCAGCCUAGAAGCAACGGUGACUUUUUGGCAAACAGUGGGCUCUGGCCUGCUGAAUCAGACACUUGGAAAAGAGCAAAACAGCUUACAGGACCCAACCUCAUGAUGCAAUCUCCUGGAGUGCGCACAGCUACAAGGGAAAGAACGGAUGAAGAAGGAACUGAAAAAUUGACCAACUAACAGAUGCUUUAGGAAAUAAAAAUGCAAAGUAGCUAUGAGAAAGGUUAUAGAGGAGAAAAACACAGUUCAUUUGGAAUUUAAUGUCAAAGUGUUGGUCACAAAAUCUAAAAUUUGAAAUCAAGUAGGGCAGGAAGGGAGGUGUAUGCCUGCUUAAUUACUUAAACUAUGUAUUUCUGUUUGACAAUAUUUUGAAAAGCAAAUAAAACAACCAUUUGGGGAAGGGUUUAAAGCUAA